AUGCCUGUACUCGGCCUGAUGCCUGCCAGUUGACUCGAUGCCCGCUGUUGAUCCAGAUGAUCCGGUACCUGAUCCAGUGCCCGCUGUCGUGCCAAUUGACUCAGAGCCCGCUGUCAUACCUGGUGACCCGGUGCCCACUGCCUUGCCAGAUGACGCGGUGCCCGCUGGCAAGCCAAAUGACCUGAUGCCUGGUGACCCAGUGCCCGCUGUCAUACCUGGUGACCCGAUGCCCGCUGUCGAGCCAGACGAUCCAAUGCCUGGUGACGCGGUGCCCACUGCCUUGCCAGAUGACCUGAUGCCUGGCGACCCAGUGCCCGCUGUCAUACCUGGUGACCCGAUGCCCGAUGUGCCUCUGCCCGGUGUGCCUCUGCCCGGAGUCCUGCCCGAUGUGCCUCUGCCCGGAGUCCUGCCCGAUGUGCCUCUGCCCGGAGUC